AUGAGUUUCCCUCGAUCUGAUUUUAAUUUUUCUGCCCCUGGUUCGUCUCCGAGAGCCAGAACCCUUUCGUUGUCUUCCUGGGAUGAAAGUGAAACUCCACCUGCAAGUAACCGGCAGUCGCCAAGUGUACCACGAUCACUCCCAAGGACUUCGCCGCCACCGAUCUUUCAGUUCCAAGGUCUGAACAUUGCGAAUCAAUCCCAGUUUACGACUGCUUCGGGGAGUUCUACGCGUGAAGCGUCUCUACUAACUCCUAGUCGGUCCACCUCAACUUAUGCAGACCAGCACAAUGCUUCCCCAAGCCCAACCCCUCCACGUGUCGGGACCUCUCGCAUCAGUCAAUCUCGCAUCAGUCAAUCUCGUAUCAGUCAAUCUCAAGGUCGGCAGAGCUCGAUAGCUUCUAUUUCCACUGUAUUUACCGACGCACGUGAGCACCAAGCCGAGUCGUUGGCAUCUACAACCCGCACUGAAAAUAUCCAAGUGCCUGGAGCGUACCCCGAAAGUUUGCACUGUUCAGAUCGAAGCGUACCGCAUGUUCCUAGGGAAUCGAGAAAUGGGAAUCAAAGAUCUAUUCGCGAGGAGUCGCUUCCGAGAGUGCCAAUCUAUGACAGUCGCCUUCAAGCCCAACUCAAGGAGGUGAAGGGCAAAUUGACCAGCCUUGCCACCAGCAUACGUUCCUCGGCGCUAGUGCACGACCAAUCCUCCAUCUUAUAUGCUCACUACCAAAAGUUACAGAAAGCCAGCGAGUUUGAAUAUCCUGUUACUCGGACUGUGGGAUUCAUUGGCGACUCAGGAGUUGGCAAAAGUUCUCUAAUCAAUUCACUCUUGGACCAAGGAGGUCUAUCGCGCUCGGGCAGCGAUGGAGCAGCGUGCACCUGUGUGGUCACAGAGUUCAGACACACAGACGACGCCCAUACGGGCCCCUUUACCAUUGAAGCGGAGUUUAUGACUACCAAAGAAAUGAAGGAGCUCUUGGAGGAACUCCUAUUGAAUUUCCGACAGUUCUACGUCCCUUCCGCUUAUCGCGAGCUUCAAGGCGAAGAAGCACGACGGCAAUGUCGAGAUGCCGCUGAACGAGCUUGGGAAACGUUCCGGUCCUUGUUCAGGAGCCAGCCGAGACUAACUAUAGAGUUUUUAUCUGAGGAUCAGGAUGAAGCUUUUGAUAAGAUUCUCUCUGAGUUAGAGCGAUGGGCAUAUGCAGGUUUAACUCAUCGGCCUGGUGGAACUGAUGCGCUGGAUUAUUCGGCUAUUGCCGGCGAUCUGAGGGAGUGUAAGGACUUGCUUGAUAUGCUCACGGCCGAUCAUCAAGGGGGUGGUAAUCCCGCACUCUGGCCAUUUAUCAAGCUAAUUAGGGUUUAUCUGAGUUCGCCUGUUUUGCGAACUGGCCUGGUGUUGGCUGAUCUUCCUGGAUUUCGAGACCUAAACUUUGCAAGGGUCAGAGCUACUGAAAGAUAUUUGAAGCACAAAUGUGAUGAGGUGUUCAUCGUCGCAAAUAUUUCCCGUGUCUGUUCCGAUCAGUCUGUACAUGACAUUGUCAAAAGAUGCAAGCGUAACCAGCCGCGACGAAUUGUUUGCACAAGAUCAGAAGAAGUAUCGGCUGAAGAAGCUGCUCGCAUCAAAGAUCCAAACGGCCGGCGUGUUAAACAGAUGAACGAGGAUAUCGAGAGAAUCAGACAGAGUAUCGACGAAACCGAGGUGGCUCGACAAAAUGCGGAUGAGCGUAAUAAACCAGAGCUUGCUCUCAGGGAAUCACAGCUGCGUGACCAAGAAAAGACGCUGAAUUUUGAGAACACCAAAAUAUCGCAAGAACUUCUGGGAAGACAUGAAGGUAUCAGAGUAUUUUGCGUCAGCAACACACUAUACGCGAAACAUCGUGCGAGUCGAACCCACCAAGCUGAAGCAUAUGUUAAUUUGACCGGUAUCCGUGAGCUUCGUCACUACCGUCAGCUUGUUCCUGCAGAGGCUCAACUGCAUGCCACUCGCGCCUUUUUUGAUCACGAAGUACCAGUACUGCUACUGUCCUUGCGACAGUGGGCCUUGUCUGGGGCCGAUUCCGUGACGGCGGAGAGGGCUAAGACACUGCGCGGACUUCUAGGCAAUGUGGAAGAAGUUCUUCGUCGGAUUCCUGAUGAUAAACAGGGCUUUACCUCACCUCAAGCCUAUGUGGCUCGAAUGCAAGAGGGAUUGAAAAGUCGUUAUAAUGCGUCGAUUAAUGAUUGCGCAAGAAGUCACCGAGAUGAAUGGAAAAAUAUGAGCAUCGAGACCAGCUCUGAAUGGGCUUCUUGGCACCACUCUACAUACAAAGUGUUUUGCGCCAAGUUCGGGACUCACUCCACGCAACAACAGCGCGAUCGCUCUUGGAAUGAUGAGCUGGUACUUCCGACUCGCGAUCACUUAGAUCCUCAAUGGGAAGUGCUACUAGAAUGGUUGGAAUUACAGAUAGGCAGUUCAGCUCAAGAUACUGCUGCUAUUUUCCAGAAUGCUUCCAGACAACUUAGCCCGCAUAUUCAACUUGCACCUCGCGCCCUUCAAAAUCUUCUUCGCAGCAUGCUCUCCAGACAGGGUUAUAUCAAUCAUCAUAUCGAGGUCUCGAUUAGAGAUCUCCUGUCUAACACCGAGUAUGCCGAUAUCCGUCUUCAAGCUUUUGUGGGCCUGGAAACUAAUCUUAUAACUCAAGGGUCAUCAAAACCGAUAUGCUCUACGGUCAUGCCAGCUCAUUCAUCUCUGGCCUCAUGCGGCCAGCUUAUAUUUCAUGUCAAAGAGAAUCAGGAGGCGGCAGUGAUCAAAGGCGGAAGAACAUCAUGCACAACCAUCUUCAACGUUCGAGCCUUUUUCAUAAUCUUUCUCGCGGCCAAUAUAAAUGAGGAGAUUGAGAAUAUUGUGCGGGACUUUCAUUCUGUAGUCGCAGAAGCAGGCCACAUCCCUGAGGCACAGCAGGAGCCCGAAUUAGCACGAGAACUGGAACUGGAGACUAAUAGAGCAGAGGGGAUUUUGGCUAAUGCUCGAAAUGUGAUGGAAGUAGUGGCCUCAGAAUAUGCAAUCGGUGCUAGCUCUUGA